AUGAAGGACGCCGGUCCAUCGAUCCCUCUCUCCGCAACUGACGCUGCAAUCGUUGUAGAGGAAGAGCGACAAGCGCAUGAGCAAAGAGAGGCUGCGGAGUCGAAGCAGGACACCCUACCACCUCCGCCGCCCGUGCAAAAUGGCCAGGAGCAGCCUACCCAGGAUAUUGUUGCUGUGAACCAGGCCACCUCACUCGCUGCAUCCCCGGAACCGCCACAAAAGUUCUUACUGCCGCCACUUUCAGCCGAAUUGCGAGGGAGAAAGUGCUUAGUUCUGGAUCUCGAUGAGACGCUGGUCCACAGCAGCUUCAAGAUCUUUCACCAAGCGGACUUCACCCUGCCCAUCGAGAUCGAGGGUCAAUAUCACAAUGUCUACGUCAUCAAACGCCCCGGCGUCGAUGCCUUUCUCAAACGCGUGGGCGAGCUGUAUGAGAUUGUGGUCUUCACCGCUUCCGUCUCGAAGUACGGUGACCCGGUCCUGGAUCACUUAGACAUCCAUCACGUCGUCCAUCACCGCUUGUUCCGCGACAGCUGCUACAAUCACCAGGGCAACUACGUCAAGGACCUCAGCCAGAUUGGACGGGACUUGCGCGAGACCAUCAUCAUCGACAAUUCUCCGACGAGCUACAUCUUCCACCCGCAGCACGCGGUGCCAAUUAGCAGUUGGUUCAGCGACGCGCAUGACAACGAGCUGCUGGACCUCAUCCCUGUCCUUGAAGACUUGGCGGGCUCGCAGGUUGCAGAUGUCAGUUUGGUGCUGGACGUUGCAUUAUAA